CUAAAUUUUCGUUUUUGGUCGAAAAUGUUGACUUCGAAAUACCAAAAAAAAAAAAAAGUUGUAUGUGAGUGGGCAUAGGUAGCUUCCUCAGACUGAGUCGACAACUCUGAUCAAAAGUACUAGAUUUUGAUACCUCUGCCAAAAUUACUGUUUUUUUUUUUCUUUCUUUCUUUCUUCUUCUUUUUACAGAUUAGAGAGGAGAGUAGUAGAGCUCUUCCAGCUCCAACAAUGGCGGCUGUUGAAGAGGAAAAGACCCUUCAAGACGAGCUCUCACUUCCAAUCCUCUUAGCUGACCGAGUCAUCAAAUUGGCUCAAGAAGCCGAGUCAUCUAAGCAAGACUGUUCCGAACUCGCUAAGCAGGUCGACCGGCUUUCCCAGUUGCUCCGCUCCGCCGUGCGACUCGCUUCGACGACUCAGUCCGUUUACGAUCGACCCGUUAGGCGAAUCGUUGCGGAGGUGAAUAAGAAUCUUGACCGAGCCCUAAACUUGGUCCGUAAGUGCAAGCACAGUGGAAUCCUCCGUCAAGUCUUUGCUAUAACCACCACUGCUGAUUUCCGUAAAGUUUUGAACCUUCUUGAGUCUUCGAUCGGAGAUAUGAAAUGGGUUAUCUCCAUUUUCGACGCUGAUGGUGCUAACCUUUCUCUUCCUCCGAUUGCUAGUAACGACCCAAUUCUUUCGUGGGUUUGGUCCUCAAUCGCAACCGUUCAAAUGGGUCAGCUCAAGGCCCGAGUCGACGCAGCUAACGAGCUCGCGUCCCUCGCACGCGACAACGAUCGGAACAAGAAGAUCAUUGUUGACGAAGGGGGAGUUACGCCAUUGUUAAAGCUUCUCAAAGAGAGUUCUUCACCGGACGCUCAAAUUGCCGCCGCCAAUGCGCUUAUUAACCUUGCUACAGACUCGGAAAGGGUUAGAUUUAUUGCCGAUGCUCUUGGAAUUCCAUUUAUCGUUCAGGUUCUUGGGGACUCGCCGAUGAAAGUUCAGGUCUUGCUGGUGAAAUUAGUGGCCCAGAUGGCCGAGCUCGAUGCUGAUGCUCAAGAGGAGUUUGCCAGAGAGAACGUAACUCGGCCGCUUGUGUCUUUACUCGCCAUGGAUACGGUUCUUGAGGAGCCGAAGAUUAAUUCCGGUAAAACUAGUAUUCUUUCCAUUGUUCAAAUAAAUAAAGAAUUGACUGGAAAGCCUGGAAGUUUUCAGACCCAUUCGAGUCUGACUUCGAAUCCCUCUUUUUCUUCUCACCAUUCUGAUGGUAGUAUCCGUGGUGGGUAUUACAAGAAGGAGAAAGAUGUCGAGUCCCCUGAGCUAAAGCAUAAGCUCAAGGUUGGCUGUGCUGAGGCUCUUUGGAAACUUUGUAGAGAAAGUUUGAUUAAUAGUCGUAAAGUUACUGAGACCAAAGGGAUGAUUUGCUUAGCUAAGAUUAUAGAGAAGGAAGAGAAUGAUUUGCAGAUUAAUUGUUUAUUGACAGUUAAGGAGAUUGUAUCUGUAGCUGAGUCUUGUCCUGACCUUAGAAGAGCUGCUUUUAAGACCAAUUCUCCAGCUGCCAAAGCUGUUGUUGAUCAGCUUCUAAAUGUUAUUCAAGAGGGUACUCCGGCAUUGCAAAUUCCUGCCAUUAACUCAAUUGGGUGUUUGGCUAGAACUUUUUCGGCUAGGGAAACCCGAAUUGUUGGCCCUUUGGUUGCAUGCCUUGGUGCUGCAAAUGUUGAUGUAGCUACAGAGGCUGCUACUGCUUUGGCUAAGUUUGUCUCUCCGGAUAAUUUCAAUUGUGUGGAGCAUUCUAAGGCCAUCAUUGAAUUUGAGGGUGUCCCUCCUUUAAUGAGACUGCUAAAGUUUGAUGGCAAGCCUCAACUUCAGGGUACAAAGUUACUAUGUUACCUUUCGGUACAUGUUGGUAACAGCAAGGCUCUUGAACAAGCCCGCGCAUUGAAUGCCCUCGAGGGAGCUCGUUCUGCUGCUGCUCAACAUCCUGAUUUGAGGGAGGUGUAUCCUAAAGCAAUUCACCAUCUUGCUCUUUAUCAGGCUGGAGCUCAUCCCCACCGGCAAGCAUACACUCCAUGAGUGUGAAGAAUUUUGGUCAUAACUACCAUGGGAGAACGCUUCAAGGCGCCUUGACUUGUUUUGCUGAGCUAAAAUCAAUGCUGAUCGAUCCAGGGCUAUAGUAUCAACGUUGUGUUAAACAGGUAGUUUAACACAACGAGUUGAGUUGAUUGCGGAAACAAGAACAAGAGUCUGAAACUUAAGAGCUUGCAGUAUGGCAUUUGUAUUGUAUGUGCCGUUUUGUACAGGAUCAUUAAAGAAAAAAAUGCAAGUGCAACAAUGUUGUCUCUGCCAACAAAACUCAUGGCUAAUGGAUUAUAGGUAUACAUAUUUACUAUAUUUGUGUAAUUAAUUAUUAUGCUAUGUAUGUAUAAAACUCUUGGUAGCUCUAUCAUAAGAAAAAGAUUAAACAACAGACAUAAACACAAACACACCCACACACAUUCAUUAACUACUCAGUAGAAAAAUGGAUUUUAACAAGUUAA